AUGCAAUUCGCGCGCACCUCUUUGCCUCCAUAUCAAUCUCGGAUUCAACAUACGAAUCCAAACAGAAUGUCAAUGACACAAGGACGGAGUAUUCCGAACGCUUCAUUUCCGUGGCCCCAAAGUAUGGACAGAAAUAGCGAUAAUAACUGGGCACCAACGAAUGACGAAGAAUUGAAGAGAAAAAGAAGAAGAAAUAGACGAGCAUGUAUAUUCCGUCGAGCUUGUUGCCUACUUUGCCUAAGCUUGAUAGUCGUCUUUCUCUUAUGUGCACUUGCAAGUAUUUUGCUUGAAUUGGAUUUGUUAACGAAGACGAGCAGUACUUCAUCGACGACUGUAACAACUGCUACAACGAUCACAACGACGACUCAAACUACAACCAGCACCACCUCAUCUUCUACGAGCACCUCGAGUUCAUCAACGACUAGCACUUCCAGCACUACUGCAACAACUAGCACAACGUCACAGACAACUUCCACCAGUUCCACUUCGCAAACGACCACCACCUCGGUCACAGCAACAUCAACAACUGUAUCUAAAUGUGCGAUGAGUGGCUUGGGUAGCCUUUUAACACAGAAUGGACCGACCAAUUGGUUUCAGUUUUCAUACACGUAUUUAGCAACGAGUACAGCGCCGACUCUUCGGUUUAUAUUCAAUAAUGGUCCAGCAGACUAUUCCUACUUAGAUGCCGUUUCCGUUACUGACAACAAUAACGCAUCGGUGGAAUUACUUAGCAACCCUAGCUUUGAAAACUCAAUACCAUCGCCAGUUAGUUGGACUGUAACAAAUUCGUCAACAUGUCAGGGUAGCACUCAAGGGCUAGUAACCAAUAGUGGUUGUCAUUCAGGCUCCGGUAGUAAUUGCUUCCUGGAUCAUUUUAUACCUGAUGUCGAUUGCGGUGGUUUGAAAAUGGACAGCCAAGGAAAUCUUUAUGUUUCGGAUUAUGUUAAUAAUGAAAUAAGAAAAUGGUCGAAUGAGUUUGCUAAAGGAAUUAUUGUUGCUGGUGGCAAUGGAAAAGGAAAUCAACUGAAUCAAUUGAACUAUCCGAUUUAUUUCUUUGUUGAUAAAGAUGAAUCAAUUUAUGUCUCCGAUCAUUUAAAUCAUCGUGUGAUGAAAUGGAGCAAGAACGCCAAAGAAGGUAUUGUUGUCGCUGGUGGACAAGGGCAAGGAAAUCUUCUAACACAAUUAAGAGAUUCAGCGGGUAUUGUAGUCGACAAAUCGGAUAACGUCUAUAUUGUUGAUGCCGGUAAUAAUCGAGUCGUCCGGUGGUCGAAAGACUCGAAAAAAGGUGAAAUUAUUGUUGGUGGUAAUGGAAAAGGUGAAGCAGCCAAUCAAUUCGAUUAUCCUACGAGUUUAGCACUCGAUCGACAGGGCGAUUUAUACGUUGCUGAUUUUCGCAAUCAUCGAAUUCAGAAAUUUCUCACUAAUAAGAACUAA